AAUUUGCAUCCUCGAAAAUUUGUGGCGUGCUUUCGUUAGAGAAAUCCGGUUAUCGAACGAAAAGCACUAUUUUCUAUAUCUUUUCUGCUUUGUAUUGCCUCAAUAAGCAGAAAGAAUCAAGCAAGAAGUUAUAAGAAAUGUCUGUAGCAGCAGAAGAAGGAGAAUUGUCGUCCCCAGAUGAAGUAGAAGCGAGAGAGGAUGUGGAAUUGAAUGUAUUAGAUGAUAUAUUAGGCGAACCAGCUCAUGAUGAAUUUGCUGCUGAAUUAGACAAGGCAUCGAAAGUUCCAAGCCGGAGAUCUUCUGAAGUAAACAGCAAAAGCACAAGAAAACGCWGUGCUCCAGAAGAAAAGAAUGGUGAAAAGACAAAAGGAAGUAGUCCAAAAAGAAAAGCUGUAGAACGAAGCCCAGGUAGUCCUAAGAGUACYAGUAAAAGAGSGAGUGAGAAGRCAGUGAGCAGAGAGAAAAAACUUGCUGUAUCUGAAUCAGAGAAAGGGAGAGGAUCGCGGUCACCCAAACCAAACGAUAGUGAGAAGAAAAGGGAAKCAGARAAAGASAAAGRKRARRGKGAAAAACAGCAUGGGAGAGAGAAAGAGAGAGAAAAGGAAACUAAGGAAAAGGCAARAGAGAGAGAUUCAACUGCAAGAGCUAGUGAACACAAGGAAAAGGAGAAGGUGAAACCAAAGUCUGAGGAAUCUGUUGAGAAAGACAAGACAAAAGUUGAAAAGGAAGCUAAUUCCAAAGAAAAAACCACUAAGGUAGCAACAACUGUAAAAUCAAAGACAAAAUCAACCAAACAUAAAAGUGAGUCAAAGCAAACUAGUUCAAAGGAGUCAGCUGAAGUUAAAGACCCCAAACCUGUGACCGAGAAGAAAAAAGAAGAGAACAAAGCUGAGAAUCCAAAACCAGAAUCGAGUAAAAAAUCUUCAAAAGAUUCUAAAGUUCCAUCUGAGAAGAAAGAAGUUGAAAAACCUAAGAAAAAGGCUUCAUCAAAAGAAUCUGAAGUGAAGCCAAAGGAAAAGAGUUCAAGUGUGGAAAARACUGAAGUUCAAUCUGUUAAAACUCCAACUAACAACAAUCCUGCCAAGACCAAAGGCAGCAAGUCAUCCACAUCAAAGACUACAAAGACAAGCAAGAAACAACUUGCCAAGAAAACAACCAAAAAGACUACAGAAAAACAGAAAUCUAAGUCUCCUAAGCCUGAAGCACCUACGAAAGAAGAAGAUAUAAAAGAGGUUAUUCAAGAAGAAGAAAAGAUAGUAACUGCUUCAAGCCCUGUCAAAGAGAAAGAAGAAGUUUCAAAAGAGGUUGAAGUGAUAGAGGACUCUGACAAUGAUGUGAUCUUGGAGACAUCAACUGAGGAGCCAAAGGAUGAUGUUCCUGAGGUUGAAUCAACUACAAAAGAUGGCAAAGAAGAGAUUGAAAUUGUAGAAGUAAAUGACAAAAACACAGAMAAGAAGAAAAUUCCUGAUGAGAAGGUUGAAGAAGAACAACAAGAAGAAAGCAAAGACAAAAGUGUGGAGAGUGAACAAAUGGAGGUUAUAGAUGAUCUUCRUGAUGAAGACAAGGCAAGCGAUGGUAGUGGGAGUGAGGAUGACUACGUUAGUGACAAUGAAGAUGAUAAUGAUGCUCACUCUGAAUCWGGAUCAGGUUCCAUGUCAUCCAAAUCAGGUUCAGAUGAAGAAGGUAGUGYUAGUGAAGAGGAAGCAGACAUGGAAGAAGCAUCAGAAACAAAGAGUUCUCGCAAACGAAGGAUGGCUUCAGCCAUAGCRCAAAGUGGCAGCAAUGCAGAUAUGUCAGAUGACGCUUCCUCAGAUGAAGCAUCGAAUCAUGUGAAGAGUAAAGUUGCAAGAGUUUCGUCCAGGAAGAGAAGACGAUACAGACUGGACAAGUACUUUGAGAAUGCAAGAUACUUUGUGAUGAAGAGUAACAAUGCUGAAAAUGUACUUUUAUCAAAGGCAAAGGGUGUAUGGUCGACCCCAAGAACCAAUGAAAARAAACUAAGUUCAGCUUUCAGGCGCUACAAGAAUGUCAUUGUAAUAUUCUCUGUCAAGGAAAGUGGCAAGUUCCAGGGUAUGGCACGCUUAAUGGGUGAGGCAACCUAUGGAGGACCCCAAAUCCCAUGGGURCUGCCUCCUGGAAUGAGCGCCAAGGCACUUGGAGGUGUAUUYCCYAUUAAAUGGCUCAAUAGACAAGACCUGUGGUUUAGCAAGUGYACGCACCUACGUAAUCCAUGGAACGACAACAAGGAGGUGAAGAUCUGCCGUGAUGGUCAGGAAGUCGAGCCAACUGUGGGAGAACAGCUGUGCAGACUAUUCCCAGAAGAUUCAACAGUAGAGCURGGGAAACGUCAUCGUACGUCAUCACAAGGCGAGAGUAAUUCAACCAACAGCAGCAGAAGAGUCAAGGAAAAAGAAAUUCACUCUAGCAGGCACAGAAGUAGGAAUGAAGAAAUACGGAGAGCUAAACGAAGACGAAGAGGGAGCCGUCGACAUUCAGACUCGAGAGAUCGCCAUGAUAGAGACAGCAAAGAUGAUAGGGCUCGUUAUGGUGGUGUAAGAAGAGAAACCUUACUACAUGGGUCAUAUUCAGAUUACAUGAGGGAGUACCAACGAUCAAGACACUCCUCCUCCAUGUCAGUCAGCAGACCUCACUAUUCCGCCCGGUCGGUCGAUUUACCAUACUACAUGUUACCACAAAGCAGCUCUCGAUAUAGUCAUAGAACGAUGGAUCAUUAUGAGGCAGCAUGUGACGAAUUUUUACGACGAACUCAAGAUCGUGAACCACGCUAUCGAAGAAGCAGACGAUAAUGAUAAAUAUAAAGAUAUUAUCAACGAUAACAGAUAACAAUGCUUAUCGUAUGAACGUGGAAAGUUUUGCAAUUCACUUGUAAAUAAAGUAAAGGGGGCUGGACGCUCUUUUAGCCAAAGAUUUUAUUGUUUUUCAUAGAGAACGAUAUACAAUUUGCUUUCAUUUCACUCACGAAAGAUUUUCGAUAUCCAUAUAUGAGCGUGAGAAUGUACUGGCAUUGUUCAUGAGAAAUAAAGAAUUAUUCRUAAGA